UUUUAAGGGGGGAACUUGUGGAGCAUCACCUCUCACCUUUUCUCCUCGAUCCCUCAUGUCCCUCAAUCAACGGCAGCAGCCGCUGCCGACGGUGGCUAAACACGGCCUACUGAUGUCUUCGCGUGCCUCUUUCAGCGCCGCCCAGCCACAAGGCAUCGUGUCUUCCUUUCUCCUCAGUCGGUCCGGCCUUCUCUCGGUCCUCGCGCUCCUCCUCUUCCUUGUCGUCUUCGUCCCAUUGCCCGGUCGUCGACCCAUGUUCGCCCUCUUUUCCUCCUCCGGCGACUACGGACCCGUAUCCCGAUGGAAGGACUACACACUGGCCCGCGCUGCGGCCUUCGCUGCCCGCAACGGCACUCUCAUCGUUUCCGCCGUGAGCGAACCCUUCCUCCCCUUGCUGAACAACUGGCUCAUCAGCGUCGCACGGCAGAAGCGGCAGGACCAGGUGCUUAUCUUCGCAGAGGACUACGCCACCCUCUACGAGAUCAACCACCGGUGGCCUGGCCACGCCGUCCUGGUCCAGCCCGCUCCUGAUUCCCAAACUGCCCACAAUUUCGGAUCUCAGGGAUUCUUCAACAUCACAUCGCGGCGGCCUCGCCACUUGAUGGACAUUCUGGAGCUAGGAUACAGCGUCAUGUACAACGACGUCGACAUGGUGUGGGUGGCGGAUCCAUUCCGUUACCUCGAAGGCAAUCACGAUGUAUACUUCGCCGACGAUGAGGUCGCCGUGAAGCCCCUAAAUUACUCUCAUGACUUGCCGCCGCCAGGGACCAACGGCAAGACCUACGUCUGCAGCUGCAUGAUUUUCCUCCGUCCGACGAGGGGCGCCAAGAAGACGUUGAGCAGUUGGAUCGAGGAAAUCCAAAACCAGCCCUGGUCCGAGAACACGCACACGAACGACCAGCCUGCGUUCAAUUCUGCUCUGAACAAAACUGCAGGAGAGGUGGACUUGUACUUGUUACCUCAAGCUGCAUUCCCACCGGGAGGGUUAUACUUCCGGAACGGGGAUUGGGUGGAGAGAACUCGAGGCCUGCACGCCAUCGUCCACAACAACUACAUCGUAGGCCUUCAAAACAAGAUUCAACGUUUCAAAGACUACGGGCUCUGGCUGGCGGAUAACCACACUGAUGAAUCACCACUCGGCAGAAUAUAAGCCAACAAGAUCCACUCACUCAACUCAACUACAGGAAAAAAUUAAUCUCUUUUGGAUGAGCCCUGCUAUAAUUGUUUUCUUGUAUACAAUUCCAUUAUAGCUUAUUUUACUUGUGAAUCAUCUAUGAGUUAGCUUUGUUGCUAAUUUAAUCAUCAACGGCUAGAUAAUAACGAGAAUUAUAUUAUUCUGUGAGCCUAAAUGAUAGCAAAAUAGGAGGAAAAGGGGUUAACAUGACGACUACGACUAGAGGUUCCCCGUCACAGCCACUCCAACAUUCAAGUUAGAAGAUGAAGGAAAAAAAGAAUAAUAAUAGGACUUUGAUAUACAUGUGAGCAUGUACCUUAGAUGUCGGAAAAACUAUCUUUUACAAAGAGAUAGUAGACCUUUUCCUUUUAUUCUGAUCUUGAUAACUAUCAUUAUUUAAUUCAUUAAAUAAUGCAAGACAUAUUCACGUCGUUAUUUUUUCCUGAAAUGAUCCAACAUUUACGUGAUAAUUAUCAUUUUCAUGGAGCCGGGAGGUGAGAGACCAUGGAGCUGAGAAGCCUGAGAGUGGGGAGGCCAAGGAGCCGAGAAACCUAAGAGUCGGGAGGCCAAGGAACUACAAAGCUUGGGAGCCUGAAGGCCAAAGAGGUGGGAGGCGACUUGACUUCCCCUUUGUUGGAACCACUUGGUUUGCCAAUCAUCCCUUAUCUACGUGGUGCCUAUUGAUCACCUCCGGGAUCACGAAUUUUCCUUUCAAGUCUAGUCAAAGGAGGGGAGAGUCCGAUUGACUAGACCAUUGUGUGAUCGGAAUAAUUUCAACUAUCUCGACUGCUUAAACCACCUGGCAGAUCCAUUUGCAUAU